AUGACCCGCAUGAAACCAGGUGUGUUCUCCUGGGAGGACGUACUCACCCAACGAUACCAGAGCAACAAACCCCCUCCCUUACCACGAUCCCGUCGCCGAACCCUCACGACCGCCCAGCCACAACCACAAUGCCAAUUGCUAUCGCGCCUCUCGCCAGAACUCCGCCUAAUGAUCUGGGAGAUGGUCCUGGGUGCUCAGCGACUCCAUAUCAUCCAGCGUAACCACCAGCGCCUCGGCCAUAUCGUAUGUCCGCUCGGGAUCCACAGAUCCACAUCUAAAUCAGAUAACGCGUGCCGGGCACGCGACAACAGUCCCACCUGCGACAUCUGUGAUGGACACGGGAUUCCCCAACCCGUGAAGGAAGGCGAUCUCGCGCAUAGCGGUAGAAAAGCUGGGCUACUUAGUCCUGCGUUGACGUGUCGCCAAAUGUACCAUGAAUCCAUCCAUCUCCUCUAUACCCUGAACACAUUCGAAUUCAGCAAUCCAUGGUCCCUACCCUACAUGCGGCCCACCAUCCCCGCAGAACACUGGGACUGCAUUCGCAGUGUCGAGCUACGCUGGUCCUUCCAAGGCCACUGGCUUCCGAGCAAAGACCCCGUGCGCACGAUCUACGUCUCAGCCGGACGGGCCCAAUGGCUCGAGACCUGUCGCGCAUUAGCGCGAUUACCGACCCUGCAAUCUUUCGUGCUUGUCUUGGGCGACGCCUGGUUCUGCGAGCCGGUCGAGAAACUACCUGGGUUUUUGGAGCCUUUGCGUGGGCUGCGCGUGCAACGGCGUUCCGGCGCACGUGCCGAAGAUGCGGAAGUGGAUGAGUAUGAGCUUGGAGCUGGGGGUUCGGACGAGGAGUCGGGCUUGAGUUUGAGCUCGAGUCUCAGCUCUAGCUCUGGCUUUGAGAUUGGUGUCGGUGGCAGUGACGGUGGAAGUAUAAGCGAGAAUACCAGUGUGGAUAGAGGGACCUCCACCAUCCUACACUCGUACUGCUCGUUUUACUCCUCGCUGCCCUCCCCUUCUACGACUGACAUCAUACCGCUACCAAUACACAAGACGGAUGGGCUUGCGGCGUGGGAGCUACGCCUGCAAGGCCAGCCGUAUUACGUGCAUGAGCUGGGUCGGAUGGGCGAUGACCUUCGACGGAGGGGGAUCGACUGUUGCAUCUCGACGAUGUGA